CAGCAGCAAACCAGGUGUGGUACAACGUAGGCGGGCAGGGCAGGGCAGGGCAGCGAUGUCGGGCGCGGGGGUGUGGGUGUUCCGGAACGGCGUGAUGCAGCUGGAGGAGCCGGCGGCGGCGGGGCGGAAGGCGCUGGUGUACGUGCCGACGAACGAGGUGGUGCGGUCGGUGGAGGCGCUGGAGCGGCGGCUGGGGGCGCUCGGCUGGGAGCGCUACUACGAGAACCGCACCAUCGUGCAGCUCCACAAGCGCGACGGCGGCUCCGACCUCAUCACCAUCCCUCGCGACUUCGCCAGCCUCCGCUCCACCCACAUGUACGACGUCGUCGUCAAGAACCGGGACCACUUCAAGGUCGUCGACGCCUCCACGCCUAACUAGCUAACUCGAUCGUUAGCAACUCGAUUGCGCGUUAUAUAUAUAUAUAUAGACACACACGAAGACACUAUUCUAUACUCAGGGUGUAGAAUAAACCAGAGAGCUAUUGAACUACCGACCUACCAGUAGCUUCCCUGUGUAGAACCUGGAUGUAGAAUAUCACAUGUGUCAUGUGUGCGCUUGGUGUAUGUUGCUUUGGAUUGCCUUGGUUUACUUGAACUUACAACGUUUAAGGAGACACCACUGCUACUGCUGUACCGAUGAUGUGCUGUAUGUAUAUUGCCGUUCCGUAUAACUACUUAUGUGUGCAAUGAAAAUGCCCUGUUACUUG